UCGUUGUUAGGAGUUGCAUCUACCAAAGUAGACAUCGGUCUCAGACUGUGUUGUUGUUGUUUGUUCUUAAGGCAUCAAUGUCUGUCGUAGCCACGAACGAAUGAGGCUGCGUCGGCGGCUUACUGAGCUGAGCACUGACGAUCCCCAUGAUCCGUCGCACCUCGGCAUCUCCCUACCCCAGAGCUCCACAAUCAUGUCCUCGAUAAACGUUGCGGGAGCGAUACAGGCGGUUCCUGUCCCAGAGAAUAUCGAUGCGCCAUGACAGACGCCGUCAUUUCCCGACUGUCGUCAGUUCCUUGGGCUGCUGCCUUGAUCAAUGACCCCAAUUGGACUCCAGUCAACACUGCCUCCCGGACACCAAAGGCAUCCGGGGAAGAUUCCUUCUUUGCAGAAACUCUAAGUACAGGUCGCACGAUACGAAGCCUUCUGACGCUUCGACCGAUCAACGAAGAAGAUGGCGAUAUCGCAUACAAGGAGGUCAAGACUAUCGUGGAGCUAGGUGACGGACUCAACGGCUACCCACAGAUCAUACAUGGGGGUUGUGCUGCGACACUACUUGACGAGAUGUGCGGUAUCUUAAUCAUGCUGAAUAUGGAGAGGAAGGUGCAAAAAAUAACAGAGGACGGCCGCCGCGCAGCUGCCUUGAACUACUUUACCGCCUAUUUGAACACCACCUACAAGAAGCCGGUGCCGACACCCGGUGCGCUUCUUCUUACGGCCAAGAUCGAGCGACAAGAAGCGGACGAUCGGAAACUAUACGUUCGUGCGACCAUCGAAGACGGCAAUGGUACAAUAUACACGCUCGGCGAAGCCUUGUUCAUCAGGGUUUCAACCAAGCUAUGAGGUCGUUAUAAACCGUCACAUGCUCUACAUGUG